AUGGCCACCUUGAUUCGCAGCAAACUGUCCAAUGUGGCCACCUCUGUGUCCAACAAGUCCCAGGCCAAGGUGAGUGGCAUGUUCGCCAGGAUGGGCUUCCAGGCGGCCACUGACGAGGAGGCUGUGGGCUUCGCCCAUUGCGACGAUCUGGACCUGGAGCAUCGGCAGGGACUGCAGAUGGACAUCCUCAAAUCCGAGCCCAGUGAAGAGGGCGCUGAGCCGCCCGUCGAAGGUGACUUCCACUACCAGAGGGACGGCUCCGGGCCCCUGCCACCCUCGGGUUCCAAAGAGCAGGGCAUGUGCUCUGAAUUCGGGGGUGGCCAGGACAAGCCCAAGAUCACUGCCUGGGAAGCAGGGUGGAAUGUGACCAACGCCAUCCAGGGAAUGUUUGUCCUCGGCCUACCCUAUGCGAUUCUGCACGGAGGAUAUUUAGGACUGUUUUUAAUUAUUUUCGCCGCUGUGGUUUGCUGCUACACUGGCAAAAUCCUCAUCGCGUGCCUCUACGAGGAAAAUGAAGACGGGGAGAUAGUCCGGGUGAGGGACUCCUACGUGGACAUUGCUAACGCCUGCUGCUCUCCCAGGUUCCCCAAACUGGGAGGGAGGAUAGUCAAUGUGGCUCAGAUUAUCGAGUUGGUCAUGACGUGCAUCCUCUAUGUAGUGGUCAGUGGCAAUCUGAUGUACAACAGCUUUCCCAGCUUGCCAGUCUCUCAGAAGUCCUGGUCUAUCAUCGCCACUGCGGCGUUACUGCCCUGCGCCUUUUUGAAAAAUCUAAAAGCCGUCUCCAAAUUCAGCUUGCUCUGCACCUUGGCCCACUUCGUUAUCAACAUCCUAGUCAUUGCCUACUGCCUGUCUAGGGCCCGGGACUGGGCUUGGGAGAAGGUCAAGUUUUACAUAGACGUGAAGAAGUUCCCCAUCUCUAUAGGCAUCAUCGUCUUUAGCUACACCUCACAGAUCUUCCUCCCAUCUUUGGAAGGCAAUAUGCAGAAGCCGAAGGAGUUCCACUGCAUGAUGAACUGGACACACAUCGCGGCCUGCGUGCUCAAGGGCCUCUUUGCUCUUGUGGCCUAUCUGACCUGGGCCGACGAGACUAAAGAGGUCAUCACCGACAACCUGCCAUCCACCAUUCGUGCUGUGGUCAACAUCUUCCUGGUGGCCAAGGCGCUGCUAUCCUACCCGCUGCCAUUCUUUGCUGCUGUGGAAGUGCUGGAGAAGUCCCUCUUCCAGGAAGGUAGCCGCACCUUCCUUCCCAACUGCUAUGGGGGCGACGGACGGCUGAAGCCCUGGGGGCUGACACUGCGCUGCGCGCUGGUGGUGUUCACGCUGCUCAUGGCCAUUUACGUGCCGCAUUUUGCGCUGCUCAUGGGCCUCACUGGGAGCUUGACCGGUGCCGGCCUCUGCUUCCUGCUGCCCAGCCUCUUCCAUCUCAAGCUGCUCUGGCGGAAGUUACUCUGGCACCACGUCUUCUUCGACGCGGCCAUUUUCCUCAUUGGCGGCAUCUGCAGCGUGUCCGGGUUUGUGCACUCCCUGGAGGGGCUCAUCGAGGCUUACCGAACCAAUUCAGAAGACUAAACCCUGGGGCAGCGGCGGAAAGGCUGGUGGGCUGGCGGGAGUUCUCUUGGCAACUCCCCCUCUCCCAUGAACACCUGCACUGCUCCCAACCUUCUCGCUCUGGUCCCACGGGUUCCUUCGCUGCUCUCUGCCUAGUUCCAUUCUAUCCAGCCCAAUCCAAUCCCAUUCUGCCUGGUCCCCCAGGUUCCAUCUCUGCAUCCCUUCCUAUCCAAGCCCUUCCAGACUUGGGAUUGGGUGGCUAGGGUGAGUGGUUCAAAGAUGGCCGCACCCAGUCCAGACCCCACACCCUUAUCGAAUCAGCCCCAUCCCACCCUCUCCAAGCUUCGCCCAGUUCAGGUGUUUGCAUCUCUGUGACCCUCCCGAUUCAGUCCGGUCCCUUUGGGGUAGGGCAGGGUCUACCUCGACACGUCUAGGCUUUUGGGCUUGU